GCAGAGACACACCCUCAAACAGAGCUUACAUGAGUGUUGGGAGUGGGAAGGUCAGAGACUCACAUGCUUUUCUCUUCUGCAGGGCUCAGGGAAGGUGUGCAGGCAGGUAGAGCUGUCUCUCCCGGAUGCCGAGACUUGACACCCAGCAGUCUCCCAUGGCUCCUUAUCACAUCCGCCAGUACCAGGACAGCGACAACAAAAGGGUCCUGGAUUUGUUCACAAGGGGCAUGGAGGAGCACAUUCCCGCCACCUUCUGCCACGUGCUGACGCUGCCCCGAACCAUUCUGCUCUUACUUGGGUUGCCGCUUGCCAUGGUCCUGGUGUCUGGCUCCUGGCUGCUAGCGACUGUGUGCAUCUUCUCUCUGCUCCUAGUGCUGCGGCUCCUUGCCAGGCAGCCCUGGAAGGAGUAUGUGGCCAAGUGUUUGCGCACAGACAUGGCUGACAUCACCAAGUCCUACCUGAGUGUGUGUGGCUCAGGUUUCUGGGUGGCUGAGUCUGGGAACCAGGUGGUGGGCAUAGUGGGUGGUCUACCAGUCAAGGAUCCCCCAGUAGGGAGGAAGCAGCUGGAGCUCUUUCGUCUGUCUGUGUCCUCACAGCAUCGAGGACAGGGAAUAGCGAAAGCACUGGUCAGAACUGUCCUCCAGUUUGCACGGGACCAGGGCUACAGUGAUGUUGUCCUUGAGACCAGCGUCUUGCAGCGAAGUGCUGAGGCCCUCUACCUGAGCAUGGGCUUCUGGAGGACAGGCCAGUACUUCAUGAGUGUGUUCUGGAGGUUAGUGGAUAUUCCUGUAAUUCAAUUAAAGUAUUCUUUCCCUUCUGCCUAGGAAGUGGGGCUGGGACCUACGCUCCUGUGCAGCUGUUGGCCCCUCUCCACUCACAGGAACCAGUGAACCCUGU